UAAACAACAAACUCGCGUUUCAACCGCGAUGGCGAACGUACCGCAAGAAUUAUCGACUAUUUGCCGAUUUUGUUUGUGCCAGAACGUGAAACUUCUGCUGCCGAUUGUGAAAACCUUGCACACACUGUUAACAAUCGAAGACAUUGAAAGAUUCACCGGGAUUGAGAUCGACCCGACAAACCUAUCGUACACAGUGUGUCUGGAAUGUAUAAACAAAUUGAAAAUAUCUACCGAUUUUCGAUCGUUGUGCUUAACUAAUGAUGUACGCUUUAAAUUGCUGCACAGUAUGCUGAUUUCAAGUGCCCGAAGCACACCGCACGUACCCAUAGUAUGUAUAGAUACUUCUGAUGAUGACGAUGAUCCGAUGGAUUGCGACAGCUUCGACAGAUCCUUUUCUGGCAAAGCUCGCAAUCGAGAAAUGUUAAACGCUGCAAUGCAAGGACGUAAAUCACCAAUGGAGGAAAUAAUAACAAUUGAAGACGACCAUCACUACUCGGCCAACCACAUCGAGCUUGGGGAAUCGAGCUUAGGUUCGGAGGAAGAGGAUAGCGAUCCUGAGGACUACAAGAACACCAGAUUAAAUCCUUGCUAUCCAGUUGUCUACGGUGCAAAGAAAAAGCUCGGGAAGCGGAAAGCGCACCUUUGUGAUGCAUGUGGCAAAUGGGCCACGGACCUGUCGUAUCAUUACCAAACUCAUGCCACCGAACCUACAUUCGCCUGUCCCCAUUGUCCGACCAUGACAAAGCAAAAGAAUAGUUUGGUUUCACACAUCAAAGCAGUGCACAUGAAAAUGAUCACUAAAACGUGCGAAAUAUGCGGUAAAGGCUUCAUUCACCACAAAACGUAUCGAUAUCACAUGCGGUCCCAUCAAAGCGAAGGAACUACUUUCGAGUGUAAGGAAUGCUCUAAACAAUUUAUCCAUCCAAGCGGACUUGAGCAACAUAUGAAAAAGUGUCAUAGUAUCGCCUAUAAAUUGGCAUGA